UUGUUAGAUGGUGUUCAUGUUGACCCCUUCAGUCCAGCAACAUGUCGAUAGCUUACAUCAGCGCAUCCUUCACCAUCCACUAGCAGUACACCUACCUGUAUCUUUGAUGAAAUUUUACACAAUGGUGGAGACAACAGGAGCAAGCAGUGAGUUCUAUGACAAAUUCACCAUCCGUUAUCACAUUAGUGUAAUUUUCAAGAGCCUUUGGGAAGACAGAGGACACAGGCAAGCUGUAAUAACAGAGUCCAAUUCUGGUAAAGAGUUUGUGAAAUUUGUGAACCUCCUGAUGAAUGAUACAACAUUCCUUUUGGAUGAAUCAUUAGAUGCUCUGAAGCGCAUCCAUGAAGUCCAGGAGGAAAUGGAGAGAGGCACUUGGUCACAGCAGACUAGGGAGCAGCAGCAGACAAGACAGAGGUUGCUGGCCACAGACGAAAGACAGUGCAGAUCAUACUUGACAUUACCCAAGAAAAAACAGUGGGAAACUAAGGUGCGCAAGCAACAAAUAUGGAUGGGAGCCAAGAAAAGAAAAGCAAUGAGACCACUUCAGUGCCCGCGCACUGAAGGGAAAAAUAGCGAGCUGGCCCCCCCAAGUCCACUCCCUUAUUCAGUGUUGAGGGAACAAUGCACCGGCUUCUGCCAGCGGUCCUCCACAAGUGUGACGUGUGGAUGUUGA